AUGAAGUUCCUCUGUCUCCCCGGCGCCUAUGGCAGCGCACAGAAUUUCAAAGUCCAGCUCGGGCCCUUCGCUGCCGAAUGCGAGAAGACCGGCGUGGUCGAUUUCACAUGGACCCAAGGCACAGUCCCGGCGAAGCCGCCUCCAGGCUUCGAGGACUACUUUGGUCCUGGUCCACUGUACCGCUUCGUGGAAUUCGACGGUAUGGAGGGCUUUGAAGACAUCCUCGACAAGAUCCGCGAUUUCCCUGAGGGCAUCUCGGCCGAAGAUACCAUGCGCCGCCUCUUCGACCAGGGCCCAGCUAACGGCAACGGCUUGAACUUGCGGAAAUGCCUCAACCACCUGUUUGACGUGAUUGAUGCGGACCCGGAGAUCGAAGGCAUUCUCGGCUAUUCCGAAGGAGCAACGACUGCGGCCAGUCUUGUGCUGGAGGAGCGUCGGCGGUUCGAGGAAUACGGAAUCCCUCGCCGUAUCAAGGCCGCUAUAUUCCUGGCUGGCUGGCCUCCGCUGAAGCUGGAAAACAACGGCGAAGUGCACGCCUUGUUGGCCGAUGAGUGCGACGAUGUCAUUGACAUUCCGACCUGCCACAUCGUCGGCUGCUACGACCCGUACAUUCACGGAGCAAUGGCAUUGUUCAAUCUCUGCGACGAAGAUACGGCUGAGCUCUUUGACCACGGCAAAGGCCACACGGUGCCGAGGGACGCUGCCACCUUGCGAGAGCUUGGCGAGGCAAUUAUGAGAUUGACAGCAAAGGUGGAUAACUAG